UUUUCCAUGAAAUGUGAACAAGAGGUUUAGGAUUAUUUGUUUUCAUAAUAAUAUGAAGCAACAGUGUUAUAUAAUCACUCUUUUUCACUCCUGCUUCAUUUUCACUAUAACUGUAUAAAAUCGUAUGAUGUUCUGGAUGUGCAAAGCGAAACCAAACUGCUGAGAACAUUGUCGGAGGUAAAAGCUUGCUUGUGUUUUGGGGCUGUAGGACGAGUGGCUUUAUUUUAGAGGUCUGUGAUGGCCUCGGGUUACGCGGCUCAGACUCAUGACUAAACUGUAAUGUUAUUCAUUCUAGAGAGAGACUGAAAAUGUUAUAGUCGCCCUCUGGACCCCAAAAGAUGCUUCACUUCUGAAUAAGAGAAAAUUGUGUUUAGACCUGAACUGAUGGAUUCAGCAUUUUGCCAGGAGUCUCUGGGUUUUGUAUUUUGAGGAUGGGUGCCGCCUUCAAGAAGUUCUGUCUACGGUUUUGCUGUUGCUGCUGCUGUGAGGAUGAUGAGGAGGAAGAAAAGAGACCUUUACUUAGUCACGACACGUUGGAAUAUUUCGACCGCGAGGCGAAAAAAAGGCGGGACCAAGAGACCAAUCUGUGGAACGAACCCGGAGACCCCUCCCACUCCGAGAGAGACGACGACCGCGCGCUCUACAACCUGCUGCAGUCCAGAGCCCAGACCCAGCGGGGCUCUCGCGGCUACAGGCGUUUGAGCAUCGACAUCGAGGCCAUGAGAGACAUGAGGAGAGAGGUGCGAGAUAAAUGGAAGAUGAUCUUAGAGAAUCUGGGGUUCAUGGCUGAAGCCGAGUCUCUGCUGACUGUGUCUACCAGCGCAUCGUAUGACCGCAUGAGAAACGCAGCGGUCGCCCGCAGCCUCCUGCACCUCCACACCGAGACAUCCAUAUUCAACAGCAAAGAGCCUCCACCCGAGAGAUACCUCUUCAUCCUGGACCGGCUGAUUUAUCUGGAUGCUGCUGAGGAUUUUGUGGCCAAGGCUCGACGCUUCUACCCUCCUAAAGAUGACGAUGAUGAUGAUGAAGAGGAGGAAAACCCCAGUCGAAUAAAUCUUCCUCUGCUGCUGUCCCGCAUGAAUCAGAACAUCUCUGGAGGAGAGGACGAUGAGGGCGAGACCACCAGUCCAGAGGAGUGACGACGAGAUUAAACUGUGUUGAUGUUUUCAGAAAUCAGUUUGAGGGGUUUUGGAGGUAAAUGGAUUUUGACUGAUGUCGGUUCAGGUCAAGGUGGAUGGGGAUGCUGAAGAUCAAAUGCUGCAGGUUUAAACCAUUUAUCAGACGAAUGCUUUUUUGAGAAAGCGGAGACUAUUUUUCAGAAUCAUCAAAAUAGCUGCAGGUGUAACUAUGAAUUACAAGAUCAUUAGAAGAGUCAGGGUUACUGAGGCGUGUUAAUAUUGUAAGGCUAAGAUUGUGAAGUCAAUUUGAAUAAAUAGAAAUGAAACGCAUCUUUUUGAAAUUUGUGUCAGCGUGCUCUUUACAUUAAACAUCUGUAAAACUGUUGAAACUAGUCAUUAAAUAAAUACUUCAACUCUCAUAUGCCAUUUAUGGUUUCUUCGUCCGAACAGAAAUGUAGCAUCACAUCACGUGCUCAAAUCU